ACCACCGGCGGCGACGCGAGAGGAGCGGGAGGAUCCGGGCGGUGGGCCGUGGGCGCGGUGUGCGGGGGCCUGGUCUACUACCACUGCGCGGUGCGGCGGGCCAGCGCGGUCUCCCUCGCCGCCGACGUGCUCCUCGUCCUCCUCUGCUCCCUCUCCAUCCUCGGCCUCCUCUUCCGACACCUCCACAUCUCGGUACCUGUGGAUCCUCUUGAGUGGCAGAUUUCUCAGGAGAUGGCAAAUAGUAUAGUUGCAUCCUUGGCUAACACCGUUGGAGCUGCAGAGUCUGUAUUGAGGGUGGCUGCAACUGGACAUGACAAGAAACUCUUGUUCAAGGUGGUUUUUACGCUGUAUUUUCUGGCAGCUCUGGGAAGGGUUGUCUCAGGCGCGGCUGUUGCUUAUGCUGCUCUAUGCAUCUUCUGCCUCUACAUGUUUGCGCAAAGCACUGACCUGUUUGAUCAGCUCCCUUCUUGGGUUCCUACGGGAAGAGACUCUCUAGGCGGUGCUCAGGAUACCACAUAGUCCCAUGCUUUCAUGAUUUGGUGAUCCUUUUUAACUCUUCGAAAUUCUGUAUAUGGCCCUUUUGGGAGCCAAUAGCUUGGACCAUAUCCAUGUUCAGUAACUUUGUUGUAAUGUCCAACUGUGCUACUUCUAACCGUUGUGAGCACGAGUGUCACAUCCUAGGUUGUACUUAGGGUUCUUCGUACGGGAUAGUGUCACAACUAUGACUGUGCCUAGCACGAGUUUACUACCUCAUUUGUCCCUGAAUGUAAAUGUAAAUGGAAAGUAUAGAAAUGUUAGUUGGUUUGUCUUGCAGAGUUUUUUGGUAAUAAAAAACCCACUCCUGUUUGUGGACGGAGAUGCA